AUGCAAUUGCCGGACACAACUUCAGGAUUGGGCGCUGGGGAUGUUGCAGCAUCGACCAUAGAGGAUGACACUCUAGAUGACCUACAGAACGCAGAAGACAACCGCGACAGCGUCGAACCCGAACCCGAGCCAGAGCCCGAGCCAGAGCCUGAGUCUACUGCGGAAGCACCCGCUCCACUACCGUUCUUCCUUGACGUCACUCGAGACAAGAAAUUGCAUCGUGCUCCUGUUCGCAUUCAAUCCCGCUCACCGUCACCUGCUGCAUCCGACUCGAGCGACGAGGUCAUCCUGUUCAAGGGCCGUAACAAGGCCGCCCAGACCACCAAAAACGCAGACAAGCCGUUCAACUUACGUGGCAUACGCACGGAAAUCAGGGUCGUGGAGCAGACUGUCAAACCAAGCGAAGCCAACCGCACAAGCAUCUCAAAAAGUGACGAGCCCAAGUCACUUCGUCAAAGUAUGAGGGAUCAAAAACGCCAGCAGGAAGACGAAUUGAUCGCAGAUUACAUCGCCAACAUGCGUGAGCAUGGCGACGACGAAGGCCUGGUACCAGCCGACGCAUACUCUCGGCGGGACAUUGGUGGCUCUCUAAGUGAAUCCGAUAACAUGGAGGAGUCUCUCCACACCGUGGCGGUCUCUGGCGAUCCCAAGCCUGCGUCGGAUGACGGUAGCGAGCCCGGAGAUGCGCUUGAGGAGAGCGAUGUAAUCACUGAAGGCAGCGAUGUGGAUCGCACCCCCAAGAAGCGUCUCGACAAAGGCAAAAGUGCUCGAGUCGACGAUGCGCUCCUAGCGGUUCUCGAGACAGAUGCUUCGUACCUCGAUUUCCUUGAGCACUCCAAUGCCGAAGAUGGGUCGCCACUGCCGAGAACUAGUGACCACGAGGGCAACGACGACGAAAUUUUCAACGUUGCGGCUGAUCGCUUCGCUAACGAAAUCGACGACUUCGACUUUAUGGACUGGGAACGUCCAGUCCUCAAACGUAAGAAGGGCGCCAAGAACAGAAUACCCGUAUUCAACAUGUCAGACUCGGAGCUGGAGGAGAAGAUGCGGACGGCGUGGAGCAACGACCGGAUGAAAAAAGCAGAGAAGAAGCGAGAACGUCAGGCUCUUCGUACGCAAGGCCUGCUUGGCAAGCAUGCCAAUCCCGAAGAUUUGAGGGUCAAGUAUCCGGACGGCAUGGGACUGGAUCAAAUUGCCGACGAGCUCAAGGCGUUUCUGCUGGGCACCAAUGCCAUCCUAACCCUACCCCCGAUGGACAACCACGCUCGGAAGGUGAUUCACGAGCUAGCCAACAAGUUCAAUAUCAAGUCGAAGUCGACUGGAUCAGGAGACCAGCGACGACCUAUGCUGCAUCGCACGUUCAAAACCGCCAAAUUCGCAGAAGAACCCUUCAACGCGGCAAUCGCGCGCGUUGGUCGCAAAUACUUCCCCCGCAACGAUUCCGCUCUCCGGGCAGCUGUACAGCGGGAGUCGGCUCGGCGCGGCGGUGGCGGUCAUGCGGGCGUCAAUUAUCGCGACGGUGAGGUGGUCGGCGGCUCCGCACCGGAACUGGGUCAGGAGAAUAAGGGUCGCGCGAUGCUGGAGAAGAUGGGUUGGAGUAGCGGAACUGCGCUCGGCGCGAUCAACAACAAAGGCAUCCUGCAGCCCGUCGCGCAUGUCGUGAAGCGCAGCAAAGCCGGGCUCGGAUAA